UCAAACCGAACGAUUACCCAUAUCCAGCUCCAUAUCGAGCCCAACCUUGGAAGUUCUUUUUAAUCCAGAAUGAUACCCUCACUCAUCAAGUAUGGCCUUCGGGCUACCACACAUGCAAAAGAUGCAAACGCAACCGCACUGGCCUCUAUGCUGCUGGAAGAACAUUCAUCAAAUGGUCCGUUGGUCCGCUCACAAUACCUCGAUGUAAAUCAACGACAGCGAUUGAGCGCCACGCUUGCUUCUCAUAGCUUGUCUGAUUCCUCCUCCAGCUUCGCUGUAGAGUCUAGCCAUGAUGCCCUUCCAAUUCCUCCCUGUCACCAUUUAGUAUAUUUCACGCCACCAGAUGCCGAGGAUAAAUUGGGGCUUGAUGGAUCGGAUACGAUAUUCAAUCCGCCAGGAUCUUUUACAAGGAGGAUGUGGGCUGGCGGGGAAUUGGAAUGGGUGGAUGGGAACAAAUUGGUGACGGGGGAGAAGGCAGAGGAAACGACGACAUUAAAGAGUGCGGAAGUGAAGAAGACGAAAGCUGGAGAUGAGAUGAUAGUUGUGGGGGUUGAGAAGACAUUCAAGAAUUCCAAGGGACUCGCGCUUGUGGAUCGAAGGAAUUGGUUAUUCAGGCAAGCAAUUGAUUUCAAUAAUCCCCCUCCUCUUCCGCCAUUUCCUCCCUUCACUCUAGUUUCUCCCGCCAAAUACGAGCAUACUAUUACCCAUACACCAAUCUCCCUCUUCCGCUUCUCUGCUUUAACUUUCAACGCGCAUAAAAUACAUUAUGACCGGGACUGGUGUCGGAAAGUUGAGGGACAUCGAGAUUGCGUCGUGCAUGGUCCGUUGAAUUUGAUACACAUGGUUGAUUUGUGGAGGCAUAUCAUAGCAAGGAGUGAGGGGGGCACAAUGAAUGAUAAGCUCACGGUGCUUUUACCAAAAAAGGUUACGUAUAGAGCUACAAGUCCAUUUUAUGUUGGUGAGGAGUACCGGAUAAUGAUGGAGGAGGAGAAGGAAAAGGUCUGCAAUGUGAAGAUUGUAGAUCGGUUUGGAAUUGUGGGAAUGGUAGGCAAAAUUGAGAGGCGGUGAUGUUAUAUUGUGGAAUGUUGUUAAUGUCCGAGGAAAUGUUGUGCUAUCCAACUAUGACGGACAAUAUUGAGCACACUCUACUGGAUACAUCCUUGCAUUCUUGUCAUUUUCAGGAUGCUGCGUGCAUGUCUCCCCUGGCCUGUAUCGUUUUGUCCAACAUACUGUCCGACCUCCCCUGACUAGAUCUCGGAGCUCACAAUCACGAUUCAGCAAUUUCGAAUCUACAGCAGUCUCUCAUCGGAUCCAAAAUUGGGUUGUCAUUAAGAAAUAUCAUCGCUAUCAUUCAACACUAAAUACGACUCGCUCGUAAUUCAAGGAAAUGCCUUGCAGCUCGUGGCUAUUCCCGACGUCGACUGGAACUCCACUUUCGUAACGCCAUCUCCCUCUCCCAAUACCACAUCAAAAGUGGUAGACCAUUGCUCUUUCUCGAUCGACUUCGUCCUGCUGAAUAUAUAAUAUCCAUCGAUCUCCCCACUCACUUUCUCCAUGGCUGUACGUUGCACUUCUAGUGCUUUCACAGUCACGCCUGGUAUGGCACGUCUGUACACCCAAUCAAAGGCGACAGGCUCGCUGAUACGAUCGGCGCGAACAGCUGCACUAAUUGUUAAAUUCCACUGGCCUGCAUCAUUGACGCAUACCUGUGGUUGACAGGAUUAUGCUGAUUGGUAGACAAUUACGUCUGAGAGUGGGAAUCCCCCGCCGUUUUUGGUGAUGAUUUCAUCAGCUGCACCGACG